AUGUACCGGUCUGCGGAUGCUCUCAGUCUCGAUUACACAAACCAGCAGCUGUUGCUACGACGUUACGAGUCGGAUGAGGAAGAAAUAUCAGAGUCGGAACAUGGUGGACACGAUAACGCAUUCUCGCCCGUUGAUGACACUACAGGGACGUUUUCUGAUAUGAGCACGGAAGAGCUAUCUCGCGGCGCUGAGCCUGAGGCAGAGAACCGUCAAGUUGACCAGCGACUUGCCCCCUACCCGUUGAACGGAACAAAGUCGCGUCCCGUAUCAAUAGAUACAAUGAAGCGAAGCAGCAAUGCAACCUUUGCCCCUGACUCCAUCGUCUACGAUGACGACGAUGAUGAUGAUGAUGUGAUUAUCGAGCUGCCCCCUCCGGAUCAAAUGUCACCACUUCAGUCACCAAUCUUCUUGCAGCCAACUGUUUAUGUGCCCCCGGGGUCGCCCAGAUCAACAGCUGCUCGGUCGAUGAGAUCGCCGUCUCCCACUUCUGUCUUCUCAGUGGAAGAGACCGACGUCCUCGUGGCAGAGCAGGUCACAUAUGUGGAACCUAUCUCCAAACCUCACUUGAUUCAAAUCAGUCCCGAGCAAUCUUAUUUUCCGCCUGUUGCGGCGGCUGACGCGAAGCAAGACACCUUUUGCAAGCAUAGCUCAAGAAACACCUCUGAUGAUUCCUGCGAGGGUAUCUACUCGCUCAGACAGGCAGCCAAGUCUCAACCUCUGCUCAGCACAGGCGAGUCUAAUGGAGCGAAUGCAAAGCAGCUCAAACGCAACAGUGUGUCGGUAGCUGGACGGUCAUCGGGAUCGGUUAGGGAGUUCAAGCGCGUCGAGGUGCCAAAGUCUACUGCCACGACGCAGUCGCUGUCCGAAGUCCCCGAAAUUCCCCAGCCCUUGUCGCCCCGCUCUCGCUCUAGGACAUUUUCCGGCGCAAGAGCGUCACCCGCCCAGAAGCUGCCCUCACUAUAUACUGCGGUACGCUCGCGUUUACCCGCCGAAUCCCUCAGACGGCCCCCUUCGUUGCGAAGUUUGAGUAGUGCGAGCGUCUUACUCUCGCACGCACGCCAUGCUUCCACAUCCGCGGGCUUAGACACUCGCACACCAUCUACCUUCGCGUCCCACACGCGCGUGAGCUCUGAACAGUCAUCCCCGCUACAAACCUGUCGCACCCCUUCUCCUAUCUUUCAAAAUUCUACACCUUACUAUUCCUCGCCGACAUUCUGUCGGGACCGAUCCGGUUCUGUAUAUAGCAACAGCAGCGCACCCACGCCGACCAGCUAUCGCUCACCGCCUCCGGUGCGGUACUCCACCAUGCAUUCUCUCAAGUCAUCCUACUCUAGCAGCCUUCGAUCGGAAGUGGAGAGCAUCCACAGUGUGGAAGCAUCUGAGCCAGUAGAUCAGGCAGGAAAGUCUACUAUGAGCCGAAAGAAGAGCCUGAAGCGCAGCAAGCUUUCGAAGCAGGAGGGCAAGGAGCAGUCCACCGCUAAGAGCAUCAUGGGCUUUAUGCUGAGAGGGAGGAGGAAAUCUACCAUUUGGAACCAUCGAUCAUAG